CGUUGGCUGGCUGGCGUCGUCGUCACGGCCAUCAUCGUCGUCGUCGCCCUCGUGGUGCCACGGAAACAAGUGGCGCAGGUUUGACAGAGAGCGCAUUCUGGUCUUUGUCGCUCGCGUCUCAUAUCCUCCGCUCCGUCAGCAAUGCAACCGCGGCCUCGUCGUCGUGGAGCGUUUCGCCUCCCCGUCAAAGGCAUGGUCGGUUUGUCGGUGCCGGCAUUGAGCCUCGGCCGGACGUUGCUGUCAGAAGAGGAAGACGCCCGAAGCCAACAGCCAGAAAACCACCGAGGUGCAGUGGACGGACGGGAGAGGCUGUGGAGUCGGCCAGAUUCCGGGGACUCUUCACGUCUCCUGCGUCCUAGCGCUCGGCGACAGCGAACGAACAGACUGGCGUCGCGAGGCUGUGGCAAAGAAGAAGGAGAAGAGGGGUGGGCAGCGGGAGCUGGAGCUGGAGCUGCAUUGGCUUCCCCCAUUGUCAAUGCUGCGCAGCCGUUUUGCCUGCUGGGAUCCCCGCCACACUUGCACUGGACACCGCGGCCCUAUCCACAGCUCGGGCGAGGCGGCAGGCCGUUCAGCGGCUCAGCCUGUUGUCUCGAUGGCAAUAUCUCUCAGCACCACAGAAAUUCGACCGCAAACGUUGAAGCGCCGUCUUGGGCGGGCCCUCUGAGCAACCUAUUUGCAAAUGCCAAGCCAAAGCGGUUCCGUAACGGCCACUGUCUCCAGGCUUCUGGAUGUGUUCUGGAGCCGAGCAUCGUGGGAGCGAGAGUGGAAGAGCUCCACCUGAGCGGUUCUCUUGCUGAAGUUUCUGGAUCCUCUUCCUGCACCAUGUUCUCAAUUUGGCUCAGUUGCCCAUCUGACCUCUGCUUCAAAGAAAGCUUCGCUUCGCGUUGCUUUGGGUUUCGUCUCCGGACGCUGCACGGAUCCAGAUACAGAUACAGGGCCCAUUGACCCCUCAAUCUCCAUCAGAGUGUGGCAUCUCGCUGCUGAAGCUCCGGGGCUUCCUCGCAGACAAUAGGCGCGGUGGGGUGUCGACGUCGACCUCUGUCGAUUUCUCUCACUUGUCAAGUUUUCGGAGCAGAUCUUUCAUCUGUGGCUGGAUUGGGUUUUACUCUUCCAGGAAUUGAUGGACGUUGGCCGAAAUCAACGAGAAUCGGAGGUUGCACUGCCUGCGUCAUAUUCAGUUGUUGAAAUGACUCGGAUUUGGAGACAACUUCUCCACGGACCCUAACAGCACACU